AUGACGAUACGUCAGUUUAUUGCUAAACGCUAUCGUUUGUCACACAGCGUCGAAAUGAAGGCCUGCGUCCUAAUUCUGUUUGCCCUGGUGGCUGUUGCCUUUGCUGAGGACAAUGAUGAGAAGUCCGUUGAGAACCUCAGAGUUAACGUGAUACAGAAUAUCGCCAGUAUCCAGAAGUUCUUUAAAAAAGACCCCCUUGCCAGACAACGUAUCCACAAGUACUUGGCCAAGUACUUGAAGAAUCUCAAAGCCUAG